CGAUCAGCACCUAGAUCCGCCUCUUAAGGCUCAAAUGCUUUGGAAGAGUAACUCACAUGAAGGCAGUAAACAUGAUCUAGUAUUCUAGUUCGAAUCUUACCUGCAUAACCACCGGACAGCCAUCUGUCUUGUCCUCAAACGAUGCGCAGCGCUCACUAAAGAUAAACAUUAGCCUAGCUUCGGUUGCUAACUACUUUACUCCAGAACCAUGAUCACGCACGGAGUUUUCCCUUUACGGCUCAUUAAAAUACUUGCGUUUAUAGCCCACUUUACAAAAUCAGCGUUCAAAGCAUAAUUCAACAAUUAAAUCAAAUGACAAUAUCAGAUAUAUUUAUGCCAAUAUAUUAAAUGUAACAUGUAAAUGGACUGUUUCAAAAAUCGCAGAAGGGGAAUGUUUGGGUCGUCCAACAUAUUCAGCGUUUGACGUCACGGCGCGUCGCCUGGAAGCGGACGUCAACACAAACCUCGCCGUGGUCAAACAGAGGCCGUCUGAGUCAUUUCUUAUUAAACGACGGAUCUAGAAUUAGUAUUUUAAAUGGCAACCAAAACAGUGCGACGUCUGUUACGAGGUCCGUCCUACAGUAGAGCCGAAGGUCACCUGCGACCCUGUAACCAUGCAGAAGCACCCCUGAACCGUGGCUGCGCCUCGGUCCAACACACCGCUGGCCAGGAGUCCCCAAAGAGCUCCGCCUUCCAACCGGCACCAGACUCCACCCAUGACUGGAUUGGUCCACCCAACAGGCUGUCAAACAUCCGGCCAAUCACGUACCACGUCCCCGCCCAGGAGUCGGCCCUGGAGGAGAGGCUGCGAAGGCUGAGGCAGCAGACGGAGGUCUGGAACCACGAGUUCUGGGCCUACCAGAACGUGGCCUUCAGCAAGGAGAAGGAUGAGUACGUCAGCUCCCAGCUGAAGGCCCGGGGCCUGGAAGGCCGGGAUCAGCAGGGACGCAAGCACACGCUGGGCAGUGAAGAGAUGGCGGUGUUUUACAAAAGCUUCCUGGACACAAACAGGACCAGACAUGCAAAUUACAACAAGGAAUGGUACCGACGGAAUUUCCGCAUCACCUUGCUCAUGGGCCGGGUGGCGCUGACCAACGCCUGGAAGACCGUCACCAACAGAACUCCCAGUAGUUCGCCCUCAUGAUGAAACAAUUAAAGCGUUCUGCCUCCCAGCUACUGUCGGCCUGUUGUGUUUUUAUGUGAGGAGGGAGAAUUAGCG